AUGUAUCAACGGGCUUUGGCUGGCUAUGAAAAAGCUUUUGGACGAGAUCAUAUAUCUACAUUAGACACGGUCAACAAUCUAGGUGUUCUCUAUGAUUAUCAAGGCAAUCUGACGGGGGCUGAGUCGAUGUAUCAACGGGCUUUGGCUGGCUAUGAAAAAGCUCUUGGACGAGAUCACAACUCUACAUUAGAAACGGUCAACAAUCUAGGUGUUCUCUAUCAUGAUCAAGGCAAUCUGACGGAGGCUGAAUCGAUGUAUCAGCGGGCUUUGGCUGGCUAUGAAAGAUCUCUUGGACGAGAUCACAACUCUACAUUAAAAACGGUCAACAAUCUAGGUGUUCUCUAUCAUGAUCAAGGCAAUCUGACGGAGGCUGAAUCGAUGUAUCAGCGGGCUUUGGCUGGCUAUGAAAGAUCUCUUGGACGAGAUCAUAUAUCCACAUUAAAGACGAUCAACAAUCUAGGUGUUCUUUAUGGUCGCCAAGGCAAUCUGACGGGGGCUGAGUCGAUGUAUCAGCGGGCUUUGGCUGGCUACGAAAAAGCUCUUGGACGAGAUCACACGUCUACAUUAAACACGGUCAGCAAUCUAGGUAGUCUUUAUCGAGAUCAAGGCAAUCUGACGGGGGCUGAGUCGAUGUAUCAGCGGGUCUUACUCAGCUAUACCAAAAAUCCUCCCACGAAUCCCAAGGCGCAACUAGACCUGUUCUACAACAUGGGUUGGUCAUCUCGAGAUACGCAAAACUUUGACAGAGCAAAAGAUUUCUUCAGUCGAGCUCAUGAGGGCUGCGAAAAGCUCUUGGGAUCUCAACAUGCUGAAACGAUUGACGCGUUGGAAGAGCUCAAUGCAGAGAUUGAGCGAGACUCGCGAAGAACCGAGAGGUCAGAUGGAGAGGGAGAGUCCAUGGAGACGGAUUGA